GUCUUGUUAAAAGAAAUGCUUUACUGUUUAGUAAAGCAACCACCCCCAUGUGAGUGCCUGCUUGGUACGAUCCUCGCUAAGCUGCGCGGGAGUACAGCGAGCACUACUAAGCUGGCUGUGCUGCUGUCUGCCGAGCCGGGGGUUGUUGCUGCACACGCAGGAUCGCCGGAACUUCACACCAUGACCCGAGAUUUCAAACCCGGAGACCUGAUUUUCGCCAAAAUGAAAGGCUACCCUCACUGGCCGGCCAGGAUAGAUGAAGUUGCUGAUGGUGCGGUGAAGCCGGCCAACAUUAAAUUUCCAAUUUUUUUCUUUGGGACCCAUGAGACGGCAUUUUUAGGUCCCAAAGACAUCUUUCCAUAUUUGCCGAACAAAGACAAGUUUGGCAAACCGAACAAGCGGAAGGGUUUUAACGAGGGUCUCUGGGAAAUCGAGAACAACCCCAAGGUGGAGCUGAAUGGACAGAAGAUGAGGCCGCCGGGAUCAGCGAUGGAAAAGGACUCGGAUAGCAGCCCGGAGGCGGACACCGAAGGCGAUGCAAAGGCGCAGGAUAAGAGGAGAAAGUCAACGUCGGUUAAAGUGACUGGCAGUGAGGCUGAGCAGGAAGUUGCCGCAGGGUCAGGGUCCAUCGAGGGGUCAGAGCCCGUGGCUCGCACUGAGGAUGAACGGACACAAAAGGACGGGCCCGACUCCCCAACCAAGUCCAAAAGGGGAAGAAAGAAAAAGAGUGAGGUGGAACAAGAUUCGGAGAAGGACGAUGUUCCCACCAGCCCAACUGCAAGUCCUCAAGCAGGUGGCGAGGUGCACACCCCCAAGCGCAGAGGCCGGAAACCCAAGGCCGAGAAGAUGCUUCUGCUCCAGCAGCAGUCGUCCCAGGAUCCCCGUAGCUCUGGCAGUGAAGUGGACCCUGGGGAGACAGACAGGAAGAGGAAGCACAUCUCUGAGGAGAAGUCCCGAGCCGGCACAGGUGAGGAGGACCGGAAGGCGGACAGCCGGAAGAGGAAGGAUGACGACCGGGCCAAGGACUCGGAGGGGAAGAAGGAGCCAGAGCUGAAACGCCGGCGGAGCGCCAAGGAGGGCAGCUCCUCAGAGUCGGAGGAUGAGGAGAAGAGCAAGAGCACAGCCAAGAAACGCGGCCUGCUGAAGCAGCGGCAGGGCUCCGUGGAGGCUGACCGAGAGGACCGGAGGCGCAGGCCUGAGGACCAGAAGGCGUCUGAGCAGAAUAAAGAUGAUGGAAAGAAACUGGAUGAAAGGAAGGGAGACAAGAAAAAAGAUGUAUCGACAGAAUCACGACUGCAAAGGUUGCAUGGAGAAAUCAAGAUAUCACUGAAGAUUGAUAACCCCGAUGUGAAGAAGUGCCUGCUAGCCCUAGACGAAUUGAGCACUCUCCAGCUGACCACCCAGCACCUUCAGAAGCACAGUGAGCUCAUUGCCACACUCAAAAAGAUCCGCCGAUUCAAAGCCUGCCAGGACAUCAUGGACAAGGCCACCAUGCUCUACAACAAGUUCAAGACAAUGUUCCUGGUUGGAGAAGGCGACUCAGUCCUGAGCCAGGUGCUCAACAAGUCACUGGUGGAGCAGCGACAGCAUGAGGAGGCCAAGAAAAGCGCCCUGAAGCGGGCGGAGCAGGCCAGGGAGCAGGGUGUAGACAAAGCCAUGAACGGUGACACCAGUCCUGACGAGAAUAGACAAGAGCGGCUACUGGAGGAGAGCAGCCCCGCAGAGGAGGAGAGUGUGUCAAAGUCUCAGGAAGACUCAGCCUGAGAUGCCCAGCCGGCCCGCCUGCGUGAUUCCCGGAGGAGCGGGAACACGAGCGACACUCUUGCGGUGCUGUAGGAUCAUGCGGGUCCGGAUGGGAUGUCCACGUUCCCCCCUCCCUCGGGAUGUGUCCGUAUCCGUGCCUGGUCUCAGUGUGCCACAGUGUUUUCGUUUCUCUCUGGUUCCUAAGCGUGACCAGAGUCAUCAGUGCCAGCCGCUCAACUAUAACGUACCAUGUCUGUUCCCAUUGUUUCCCCUCUUUGAUACUUGGCCAAACUGAUUCAUGCCUCGUUUCCGUCCCGUUAUGCGUUUCAAACCCGACGCAGUAAACUUUGUGGUCUAGGACUCCGGUGAUGCGGCGAGCGGCUUGCCGUCCCGAACUCACUGACAUCCCAAAACUUCCUCCUGUCACCUGACCCCUUAAUCUGAUAAUCGUCUUAAUGCAGCCCUCUGCACCUAGUUAGGUUCCAAACCAGCAUAUCCAUCCUUUGUGUAGUAGUUUGUUUAAACUGUCUUAUCGCUUAGGUGUUCGUCCUAAAGCUGCUCCCUGCUGUUUCAGUGUAAAUAUUCCUUCAGCUGUUCCUUUAGGAAAGCGAGCAUCAGGCGUGAAGUCUAGGUAGUGUGCCAAAGCUUCCUCUACAGUCCGCACCAAGAUGCCCUUGUGUUCCCGGCAGCCGGCCCACGAUUUUAAGUUGCCCAUUUUGCAUACGUGUUUGUACAUAAGAGUAUUUUUGUGCCUGUCUUAUAAACCAGGUAUGCCUCUGGUAAUAAAGGAGUUUAGAACAUU